GGUCGGUCAGGGGGAGCUGGAGCUGGUCCGCCACCGUGGUAGAUAUCAGGUCGCCCAAUGAACCGGAGUCCACGAGCGCACGAAGCGGGUGACCGUUCACAUGGACCACCACAACCAGCGGCUUCGCGACCACGGUCUCCUUCGAUCGUGGGAAGGAGGCCGACCUCGUGAUGCUCCCAACUCUAUCCGAGGGCACCUGAGCUCCGUGGCAUGAGAUGACGCCUGGGCUCGUCCUGUAGCCCUCCAUUGGCUGCUGCUGUCUCUGGCGGGCCUUGACAAUCAUGCCCACCACGUCCGUCUUGCCCUCCAGGAGCUGCUGCCUUGUUAUCGCAACCCUGAUGACGUCUCCGCCGCUCCCGAGCUCCUCGAGCAAGUACGCUGAUGGCACGGUCAUCGACGGCGAUUCGGUGUAUUGGUGGGACAAGGCCGUCUUCCGUGCCCAGCUCCCCG